GUGUGUGUGUGUGUGUCUGAGAAUACUCCCACCUACAGUCUGAACAGCCAGUGUUUUAGGAAUAGAGCAGCCAACAAUACUGAUUUUUAGUACGCCGUACAGACCACUUGAAAGUUUGUAGUAUAGUAUAUUUGAUACUAUUGUACCAUUGCCUCCACCUGCUCUUUUCCUCCACCCCACCUUUUUUUUUUAUUUUUUAUUUUUUUUUAAAUUGCUCCACACGUUCACAUUAAUUUUACACGAGGAGAAUCACUCUUCCCCGCCAGCCGCUUCAUUUGUUUGUGGCGCGUUAAAGCCGGCUGCAUCCCCCUUUCUCUGCUGUAAGAGCCCAACCAGCACGUUUGAUCGACUCUGCGGGUCGACAGCGUUCACACGCAGAGCUGUCAGUCUUUUCUGAGGCAAUGAAAAGCUGUGACCAAGCCUGAGGAGAGGACUCAAAUGUGGCUGGUUUCAGAAGCCAUUUUACUUCCUAACUCCCCUCCUCCUCUUAUCGCACGUGUAAAUAUCACUGAUUUUUAUUUGUUCCUCUUUUUACUUUUAUUACAGAGUUGUUUAUAUCUUAUUUCCCCUCAUUAAGCUGUCUUAGUUCCUGCAUUUUUGUAAAUAAUUUUUUUCACUAUCCAAAAUGUAAAUACUGCAAAAGUGAAAAGGAAAAAAAAAAACAGCCACUCCUCAUGUUUGUUGACGAUCUUUCUCUCUCCUUCUCUUUCUUGUGUACCAGUGAAACUGUUUAGUAGCUCGUCCUGUUUCUCCUUUAGUCCUCUGUGGACUGACUGACUGCUGAAUGAGCUUCUUAUAAGGGUUCUGUUCCAUAAUGCUCUCUCUCAGCUCACCGAGUGUGAAUAUAAUCAGCUAAUCUGACGCCUGUAAAGGACUGAGCCAUUUAAAAGCAGCAUUCUGGGUUUGAGUCUAUCCCGAGAAGCCAGCCAGUGACGUCAAUAAAUGUGAAAUGUCCAGAACAUUAAACCAUUAAAGUGAGACUUAAGGGGUUUAUUUUUGAUUUAAGUGUGAUUAUAUCUAAAAGAGCUGUUUAUGUACAGGAUGUUCCACUUACUCCCACCUGCACUAAUUCAAUCCUCCAACAGGUCCUUUUCCUGCAGCUUUUCCCAGAAAGAGGAAAAACAUGGACUGUAAAUUUAAUUGGAAAAACAUAAAAAAAAAAGUAAAAGAAAAUCUCUUUGCAGGUUGUGCAGGUCGUAUUUACAGUAGUCUUUACCUUUUGACUGUAGAUGGCAAACACCAGCAAGCCUAAUCCUUAUAGCACAGAUAAAGUAAUGCACUCAGUUUCAUUAUUAGGCUAAGUAAUUGCUCCUGUUACUGCUUCACAGGGGGUAGAGUACAAAGUACAAGCAGCCCAUAACAAUUCAGUGAAGGUCAGUGCACAGUGUAGUUAUUUUAUUCCUCACACUCAAACGCACCACUCUCACUCAUUUCAGUCAUAGAGUUUGGUUUGUUAAGCACAGACUGUAUAUAAAAGAUGGACGUAGCCGCUGAUUCUGAAAAGCGAAGCCAAGGUUCUGGUUGCUUAGAUGACCCAUCAGUGUAUUUAUCACCUCUUCACACGUCAAUCAUUGGCAUCCUUCGUUUCAGUCGCUUCAAUCACUCGUCUUGAAGUGUAGUUUGUUUUUGGACACGCCCACUUGUCUGUUGUUACUGCAAGUCUCUGAACAUGGUGCUUAUUGGUUAACAAGUUGCGAUCUUGCUUUUCUUUCAUUUCACAGUCGGGUCUACCCCCUCACUAUGAUGUCUCGUUACAGAAAGCUAAGAUGGCGACAGUGAGAAUAUCUGCUCAGGGGCUUUAUAACAUGACCUCACUAACCAACGGGUGACCUGACAGGAGUUAUGUCCAUCAUUUAUUUACAGUCUGUGGCAUAAAGUUGAAAGUUAACUCUUAGCUUCUCCAGCUCCAGUUAAGAAAUUUUAUCAGAGUUCAUAAAGCUCUUUAGUGUUUUUUGUUUAUUUUUAUGUGUGGUUGUACUUCCUGUAUUUCUUGCCUUGUAAGUGGAGCAGGUUUAAAAAGCACCUGAGAUUUACAUGUCCUACUGAGUUAUAUGAUGGUGCUUUAUUAGGUGCCUCUGUGUCUCCCCCAUUAUACGAAAUGUGUCCUUCAGUGUUGGCGCUCUGAGGCUUAACCAAAGCUCCAGUUGUCAUCGUCAUAAGGAGCUUGGAGGAGUGUUGGUGACUUUCCAGGAUUAACAGGUUUUCACUUUUGACUUCCACUUGCCUCAAUCUAUGCGUUUAUAAACUGCUUGGUUAUGGUUUCGGAAAAUUUUCGUGCUUUUUACCCAGAGCAUCACAACACAGAUGCCAGCAGGUUUGACAAUGCAGUCUUAACUGACGCCUCGGGAUCAGAGCGAGCGUCUCAUUAAUUCUCCUUUUGGAACAGAACUCUUUUUGCUUGUGACAGUUUGCAAAAUAUGAUUACUGUGCAGUAUCGAGAGGAAAAGUGUCGAGCGAUCUCACAGGUGUUUAGUUGGGUUAGAGUCCAGCUAGUACUCAACAUGUGGGCAUUUUUGUGUUUAUGCGCUGUGUGGCAUUCAGAAUCGCUGCUAACGAUCACAACAGGGUGGACAUGGGCGCCUGUGUUACGACAGACCUAUCAGGUGUGCGUGGAUGUACAUUACUGACAGUUUCAUGAAGUCUGAAUCUCAGAAAUUGUUCUUAAAUUCUCUGAAAACUCAGAUGUUAAUAUUACCUCCUUUUAAAAAAACAAAAGUCACAUCUGUUAAUUUUUUAUUUAAUCUGUUUACUUUAGUGUCACUCUGGCCCGUAGACCACUGAGCCUGAGUGCUGGAGGGAGAGGGAGAGAGAAACAAACAAGUCUGUCUCUGUUCUGUGUGCGUACGAUAUGGACUCAUUUACUGUAAUAAAGUGAUGAAACUGUGUCACAGCGUGGGUUGUCUUGUUUGUGACUUGGAUUAAAAGUUAAAAAACAUUUAUCCACAGCUCGAGCUCUUUGUGGGCCAAACCUGCAGAAACAAGCUUGUCCUCAGCCUGAGAUGUCUCACUUCUGCUUACUUUGGCAAACCGUCACCUAAUACAUCACUUUAAAUCACAUCCCUGAUUAAAGGGUGAACAAUUAUAUUGGACUCUGUCUGCGAGUAAAUUUCAGGGUUUUUUUGUUGUUGUUUUUUAAUUUUUAGUUCCUUGCUUAAAGACCUACUGUGGCCUGAAGGGCCACAAACACACAGUUGGGGGGGCCCACCCAAGAAGGAAAAUGAAAGGGACACUUUCUAGUCACAGUUCAGCAUCAAGUCUGUUAAGCUUCACGAAUAUUGAUCUUUUCAGUUAAGUAGCAGAGAGGGUUUUAAUCACUUUAAGCUUCUUUGCUGUCAAUUAAAUUAACUGGUCCACUAGAGGUUCAACAAUCAGACAACCCCCAAAAGGAAUGGUUUUACAGGUGGAAUCCACUGGCAUUUUUUUUCCCCCUCAUCUUCUCUGGGGGGUUGUUUUCACCAGUUUUGCAUGGUCUACUGUCACUACUGGUAGCUGUACCCUAUAGGUUGCGCAAGUAGUCCAAUUUCUGGAUUCACAGAAGUAUGUCCCAUUGCUAGGUUUGCUAUGUCACCCAGCACAGCACAUGGAGGAGAGUCCAGGAGACGGACAGUUACUCGACAGCGUGUUAGGUCCUUAUCAGUGUGACCAGUAUCUGGUUUUACAAGUAGAGACAGAAUGAACACAAAACCCCUUUUUCCCUUUGAUAAUUUUCAUUUGUAUCACAUGAUGUUGCAUCCUUUUGUUGCUAACACAUCUAUCUAGAAGUAUAGUUAUCCAGGAGUCUUCCUGUUGAGUUGUUUUCAAAGUAUUCCUUUCUACACAGCAUCUCAAGGGAGGAAACUGAGUUUGGUGAUGUCCGUGAGUUCUAGGCUUCAGGCAGUCAUUGACUGCAAACUUUAAUCCAAGUAUUAAAAACAAUCAUUAUAAAAAUACUGAAUUAUGCUGGUUUGUUCAAUCAAAUCUGCAUUGUUGGGUUUAAAAUCCCCUGUAGUGAUGUACGCAGGCAAAACUACAAGACUUCUGUGUUUAGGGCCAUAAUUUGUUGGACAGUGGCGUACCUAUUGAAGUGGUCAAGGAGUGAAGACUUUGCAGACGCUACAGAAUUUUCAUGAAUUUGCUUGGUCAUCGGUGCAGGUGUGCACUUUUUGGAACACAACACCUGUUUUGGAGUCUUCAGAACAGUUAUUGAUAUAUUUAUUUAUUUUAAGUCAUUUUUUAACCGUGCCUAAUUCAAUCAGUAACCAUAAGUAAAAAAUUGUUUCCUUGUUUCUUCUUGUAUAUAAGAGUUUGUUAUUUCACAGGACUCCAGAAUUCAGCCGAGAGGUUAAACUUCACUGAAGCAGCAGUCCAUCACCCAAAACAAGCUAUGAGGGUAUUUUUCCUUCUUUGUGCCGGUGUUGCUUUGUGCAUCACAACAGCAAAUCCAGUGCCUGACAUGAAGCAAGAGUCACCACUGGAGCUGAUCCCUGCUCAGCAAAACAGGACUGAUGAGAUGAAGAGAGGGCAGCCGCUGCAAAAAGCAGGAAGGAUGGCUGUAGGGAAAGAGGGAUUCGCUGAGCCUCCAAACCAACAUGGAGGGAACUGUCCCCCUGAGUUUCAGGAGCACUGGGGGCGAUGCUUCGGCUUCUUUAAUAUCCCCCUGGCUUGGAUAGAUGCCGAGGAAUAUUGUUGGUCGUUUGGUGCCAACCUCGCCUCCAUCCAUGAAUGGGAUGAGUAUUAUUUCGUAAUAAAUCUCAUGGAUGAAAUGGGAUACAAUGGUCCGGCCUGGAUUGGCGCCUUUGAUGCUGUCAGGUUUGGAGAUUGGCUAUGGAGUGAUGGUUCAGGAACUGAUUUACUCAUGGCCCCUGACUUGCUAAAGGGCUGGAAUAAAUGGGGACGUUGCCUUGCAAUAGAUUACCCCACACCGAAACGUCAUCCUUGUGGAGAGAGGCUUCCUUUCAUUUGUGCAUUUAGACCAGGGCUGUGUUAUUAAGCACUUACCUGCAAUCAAUCACAUGAAACCAAAAUCUAAAAUUCCUUUGCUUUUUUGCAAAAUAAAAGUGGUUUCUCUUCAAUCAUAGCUCAGUUCUGUUUUAUUUAUUUAUUUAUUUCUCUUUGUGCAUUGGGGUACAUCAGCAUAAUAUGUAUAUGAAUGUCAUGGUACAAAGCAGGGUUGAUACAGUCUCAUAUAUGAAUCGGGUCUGCUUUUUAUUUUCAUAAAAUGUCGACUGUUUGAUGAGGUCUUCUCUCAUGGUACCCCCGGUAUAGAUCAGUGUCAUCAGCAUACAGCAGGGUCUUUAAAUCAGGAUAAACAGAAGGGCAUGAUAUUGUGGCUUCCCUCGUGGUUAAUGUGCUCCUAGACCCAGUGCCAAGCCUGGUUAAAUGGUGAAGGCUGCAUCAGGAAGGGCAUCCAGUAUACAAUCUUUCCCAAAUCAAACAUCCAAAAUCACAGUAUUUCUCUACCAGACCAGAUGGAGCCCUGAUUAACAAUAACUGCCUCCUGUGCUAUUGGCUAAUAGUAUGCCAGUGGAAACGGUGAUAUUGUUGACACUUAAAUGUAGAGACUAUGACUGGUUAAGAGAGAGAGCAGGAUGAUAUGACAUGGAGAAGGAAGGUAGAUGUGUGAAAAAAGACCAAGAGGAAGAGAAACAAGGCUGGGAGCGUUAGAAGUAGAUUUAACGCUUGAUAGAUGCUUUCUAUCUACAGCAUCUAUCAUGCUGUAGAUAGGAAGAAAAAUGAGGUAGAGUUAAUCUUGAAGGAAGAGCAUGUUAGUAAUGUUCUGGAGGUACAGAGAGAGUCAGACAGGAGUUUGAAACUAAAAAUUGAAGGGCUGAUGUCAGUGUAUAUGCCCCACAGAUUGAAUAUCAAUUAAGAGAAAGAAAAAUUCUGGAGUAAGUUGGAUGAAGUGAUAGAGAUUGUAAAAUGUAGCUAGGCAGCAUCAGAUGAUAGUCUGUCGGACAACUUUAGAAAUCCAAAAGAAGAAGUGGGUGAAGACAGAGUCAAGGAUUAAAUGGUGGAAGUACAAGAAAGGAGAAUGUUGAGAACUCUUCUAAACCACUCUCUGAGGUGUUUGAAAUAUCCUCUGGACAGAGGAAAGAAAAUAAGGAGACUUGGUGAUGUAAUGAGGAAGUGCAGGAAAGUUUUCAAAGGAAAACAGCAAAGAAAAAGUAGGAUAGUCAGGAAGAUGCAUAAAGUUGACAGGAGUACUGAGAGGGGCCAUGUACAACAGAGAGAGAGGAGGAAAAACAAAGGCUUAAAAAUCAGAAUACCUUUAUAAUCCCUAAGGAAAUUAUGUGAAAAUUAGAGUAAGUUGUAUCGGAGGCAGGACAUUAAGGAAAGAGAAAAGGACUUCCAUUAAUUGUCUGGGCUUUUGUUUUACAGAUUGAAACCAAGCAUAAAAUGAAAUAAAAAAUCACAACUAUAAUAACUCAGGUGUAUCACAACGUCACUCGUUCGGGGCUAGAUAGUUAUAUUAUCUCUGGAUGAACGUGAAGCUCC